AUGCGCAACUUGUGCAAGUGCAACUACUCCGUCAGAGGAACGGCACUUCACCGCAAAAACUAUCGAUAACACCGCGAUUCUACACAAAUUUCCAUUCUCGACGUCGGUAUCGUUGCAUUCGACGAAUAGUUUAAGCAAGUUCAUGUGUAUAUCGUAUGCGCUGGUGAUGGUGAUGGUGUAAACCGAGCCGAGCCAGAAGCCAGAACCACAAGCAACCGCAAGUAGAAUCCUUGCAAAUCCUCGGAAAAGGUCGAAUUACAUUCUCCUGAAGGACAGUUUGCACGUACAAUUCGCUUCUCGCCCUAAUUAUGUUUGCAGCAAGACGUGCUCUGAUUUCCAAUACAAUUAAAGAUGUAUUCGCAAGAGCGAAACAUUCACUUCCGGAUUUGCCAUAUGACUAUAAGGCUCUGGAACCAAUUGUAUCCACCGCAAUCAUGGAGCUCCAUCAUUCCAAGCAUCACGCAACCUAUGUUAACAAUCUGAACGUUGCAGAGGAAAAAAUGAAAGAGGCGGUCGCAAAAGGUGACGUUAAUACACAAAUCGCUUUGGGUCCAGCUAUUAAGUUCAACGGCGGUGGUCAUCUCAAUCAUUCAAUCUUCUGGUGUAACCUUUCGCCAGAUGGUGGCAAUCCAGAUGCUGCUCUUACGAAUCAAAUCAACAAGGACUUUGGCAGUUUCGAGGAAAUGAAGAAGCGCUUGUCCGAGAUGACUGUGGCAAUUCAGGGUUCUGGUUGGGGUUGGCUCGGAUACGAUCAGAAGGCCAAAUCGUUAAGAAUAGCGACAUGUGCGAACCAAGAUCCACUGCAAGCCACGACCGGUCUCAUUCCUCUUUUCGGCAUAGACGUGUGGGAACAUGCCUACUACUUACAAUAUAAAAAUGUACGACCUGUUUAUGUGGAAGCAAUCUUCGAUAUUGUCAAUUGGAAGGAUGUAAACGCACGUUUCAAAAACGCUAGUGGCUGCUAAGAGUUAACAAAAUUAUUUAGCAUUUAAGUGUUUUUUAGGUAUUAAGAUAUCGUUUAGAAUGACACUUCUAGUGUUGAAAAAUAUCAUCAGAAACUUUUAACACACUUAGUAAUUCGUCUGUGUUUCUUUUUUACAUUGUAUCCGAAGUAACUACAAUAUGAGUAGAAUGAAUAUGAAAAGUACAAGAGAAUGUAAAAUUACAUUCAUUAAGAAUCUUAUUCUUAAUA